GCGGAAGUGUAAUGUUUCAUUGCGGAUACAUCGCUAACGGGUUGCAUUAGCUAGAAAAAUAAUGGCCUAAGCUUGGUAAUAUACUAGUAUGUCGUGUGUAUUUAACUUAACAUCCAAGAAGAUAACAUAGCAGAGCAUGUAACCUCUCGGCUUGACAUAUUUGUCCACGACAGAAAGGCUUUGCUACGUUACUUUACCGGGCAGCUCGGUAGCUAUCGGACGUUACCGUUGGGCGAAGACAGCGUUAAGCGAUGUCACUGAAGAGAAGCAGCCGACAUCCUCUACUCUCAUGUCCAGCUUUGCUCGCCAUCUUUCUGCUUAUUUUGACUGUGCAGUUGGUGAAAGCAGCUUCUGAAUAUGACCCCUACAAAAUCCUGGGUGUCAGCAGGAGUGCGAGUCAAGCAGAAAUCAAAAAGGCAUACAAGAACCUCGCCAAAGAAUGGCAUCCAGACAAGAACAAAGACCCUAAAGCAGAGGACAUGUUCAUCAAAGUGUCUAAGUCAUACGAGAUUCUGUCUAAUGAGGAGCGAAGGUCCAACUUUGACCGAUAUGGACAGAUGGAUGAGAACCAGCCCUUCGGCCAGUCACAGCAUCAAGGUUUCCGCGGCUUCCACAACAGCUUUUACUUUGAUGAGUCCUUUUUCCAUUUCCCCAGGUCCAGGGACUUUGCAGACAGCAAGUACCUGCUUCACCAUGCACAGUUCAACAGCGAUGUCCUUCCAGACAGCCACAAGAGGCCGUACCUAAUCAAAGUGACCUCAGAGUGGUGCUUUGCGUGCAUCCACAUUGAGCCUGUGUGGAAGGAAACGGUGCAGGAGCUGGAGCCACUGGGUGUUGGCAUUGGCAUUGUGGACCUGGGUUAUGAGCGUCGGCUGGCCAACCAGCUGGGAGCUCAUCGCGCUCCCUCCAUCAUCGGGCUGGUGAACGGCAGGGUGACCUUCUUCCACCAGGCUGUCGUACGGGAGCACCUCCGACAGUUCAUUGAAGACCUGCUGCCCCAGAAACUGGUGGAAAAGAUCACAGAUAACACCUACAUGACUUUUCUGGACAGCUGGCAUGUGGAAAAUAAGCCCAGCGUUCUCUUGUUUGACCAAGUCCCUAUUAUUCCCCUACUCUAUAAAUUAACAGCUUUUGCCUUCAGAGACUAUGUGCGUUUCGGCUUCGUGGACCAGGGUGACACACACAACACUCGGAUACUGCGGCAGUUCAACAUAAACACAUACGCCCCCACCAUGCUGCUGUUUAAGGAGGAUACAGAAAAGCCUGUCGACAUCAUCCAGGCCAGAGGGAUGAAGCGUCAGAUCAUGGAUGAGUUUGUCUCCAACAACAAGUUCCUGCAGGUGCCUCGGCUCGUCAACCAGCAGCUUUUUGAUGAGCUGUGCCCUGUCAAGCAGUUCCACCGACGGAGGAAGUACUGUGUGCUGCUGAUCACAGGGGAGGACCAAGCCUUUCUUACAGGCAAUAAAGCCUUCCUUGACUUUGCAUCAGUGAACAAAAAAGACGUGCUGCGGUUUGCAUACGUUUACCAGCGUCAGCAGCAGCCUCUCUGUCAGGCACUGCUCUAUAAUCAGGCAACUCUCUCACCUCAGGUGGUGAUUCUUGAGAGGCGGAGCCACGCUGGCAAGGUCCUGUUCCGCUCUGUGAGUGGAGGCUGGAACGGCAGCGAAGAGGAUAAGUACCGCCUCCAUGAACAGCUGGAGAUCCUUCAGAAAGACCCCACCUAUCUGACCUCCGACGCCACCCUGCCAGAACUCAACAACGAGAUGGCCCCCAUUUUUAUUAUUCAGUGGAUGAACGCUGCCUAUGAUUACAUCCUUCAAAUAUAUGAUGACCUUCUCUACUCAAACUGGCGAGAGAUGAUGCCCAUCCUGUCCUUGAUCUUCUCAGCUCUCUUCAUUCUUUUUGGUACCGUCAUCAUUCAGGCCUUCAGUGAGCCAGGCGAGACCAAACCCCGGAAACAAAAGCCAAAAGAGCAACCGCAAACUGAGGAAGAUGCAUCAAGUAGAGCCAGUACUUCAAGCCGUCCUCCAAAGAAGGACUUUGUGGAAGUGACGGAGCUGACAGACAUCACGUACAUCAGCAAUCUGGUCAAGCUGAGGCCGGGCCACAUCAACGUUGUCCUGGUGCUCACCAACGCCUCCAAGAAUGCUCUGCUGAGGAAAUAUGCCAAGGAGGUUUUUUCUUUCUCUGGGACUCAGACCCUCCACUUCUCCUUCCUCAACGCUGAUAAGCACCGCCACUGGAUGCCAUCACUCCUCCGCUCAGCCUCUGACGCUUCGCAGAGCGAGGGCCAUUCGGACGAGGACGAGGAGUCUCGAGACUACGCUGGCCACGUCCUGGCCCUCAACGGCCACAAGAAAUACUUUUGCCUUUUUAGACCCGUCUUCACAGGGGACGAUCCCAACGACUCCUCAUCUGACACCUCGUUCUCCGCUGAGAGCCGGAGAAAGUCCCGGUCCAGGUCCAGGUCCACCUCCCACUCUCGAUCCAGGUCCCAUUCCAGAGAGGAUGGGGCCGGAUCCAAGAGGGGCUCCAGUAGGGCCACCAGCAUAGAAGUCCAUCACAAGCUUGACAGGCUGGGACUGUGGAUGGAGAGGCUGAUGGAGGGCACCUUACCCAGAUUACAGGUCCCUGCAUGGCCCUCUCUUGGGGAAGGAACUAGUUCCUCCACAGAGAGCUGAGGUCAAAGUAAAAAAGGUGGGAUGGUAGUGGAUACACUUUGCGGUUAUUUAGCAAAAAAACUUCAAAACAAUGUUGCAGUUUUGAAAUCGUUAUUUAAGUUCUCUUCUGCAGAGGUAUGUUGCUGUACUGAACUGUUGCGACCUGUUAACAGAAUGUCUUAUUUUAUUUGUUGGAUAGAGAGAAGAGGUUAGAAAAUGGUGUCUUAGGCCCCGAUCAGACAAAACGGUUUUUAGCACCCUGGGGCUAAUGAGAAUGAAGCUUUUUGCUCGAUGCUUUUGCAUUUAGCUCUAUGCAUGUCAUGUUUUGGCAGGAGCACCCAGAAGUUAAAAAUCUUUAACUGAUAGCAAAAAAGCACCCAAUGCCAUUGGCUGGUUAGGUGAAGAGAGACACAGUUAACUUUUAAUAUCAAUAAAAAAAUGCAUCAGGCAAUGGUCACACAUGCACAAAAUUAACACUGGCAAAUAUUCGCUUCUUCAUCGGAAAACGACAAAAGCAGAUGGUGUUUCUCCUGAGCUGUAGCAUUUACAUACACGGUUGGUGUACUGUCCCUGUUUAAUGCCCAAAUACAGCCAAUAAGUGUCAUGGUAUAAAUCAUAGCCUAUAUAAAGAAUGGAUGACACGUCUCCACUCUCUCCAACUAGACAAAAGUGAAGCCAAAAUGUACCUAAUACGGCUGCUGCCGUCUUGCACUGGUGAUGUCAUUUGGAUCCAGAGUGUGUGCAGUAGUGAGCUGUAGUAUGGAGUUCAACCUGACCAAAUCGGUGUAUAAUGCAAGCUGUCAAUCAUGACAUUACACCCCGUUUUAUAGCAUCAAAUAACUAAUUUAAACUAAAUGUAUUGGGUAGAAGGAACAUUUGAACCUACAUUGCUGUGAUAACGAUUACCUAAAAUUUUCCUGAUGUUCACUUACCUGAUGAGUUUUUAGUGUUGUUUCAUCAGCUAGCAUUGAGCCGGUGGGAUUUAUGAGCUGUACUGCAGGAGGGGGCUUCUGACCAACAAUACUUAGCACAGCAUACAUAUGAUCCAGAGGGUUAAAGUUCAACGUGCCAUGACAUGAUGAAGUAGUAUGUCCCAAUUGAAGAAAUAAUUUACAAAACAUUACAUAUAUUGUAAGGGCAGUUGCAGUAUGUACUAAAAGCAAAAAAAAAAGAGUAUGUGAUUUGGGCUGCAGCUACAGUCUCUGGUACAAACGUGAGCUGUAGCUAGCUGUGUGUGUGUGUGUGUGUGUGGGUGUGUGUGUUACAGAUUAACUCCAGUUCUGUGUUGUUUUCCUCUUUUUAACUCUAGUCUCAGAAUACAACUCCGAAUAAGUUGUGCUUUACUUGAGUCCUUUGAACCACCAAGAGCCUCUAAUAUUUGCUUUGAGCAUGAACACAUCUUUACUAUUUACAGACCGCUGUUUAUGGGAGCCAGGUAAUAUGAAAAAUGAAAAAAGGCUUGAAAACUGAGUCUGAUGCACUGAGUCUUUAGAUAAAUUAUGUGGGUUUGUUUUUUGAUUUGUUUUUUGUUAUUUUUUAACUAUUAGGAACCUUCAGUUGAACUUGAUUAUUGACUCUAUUUGCUGUUAUAGAUUUACACUUCAACACUAUUUAAUCAGGCAUUGAGACACAGAGAAAUUCAGAGCAUUGUAACCAGCAAUUAUUGACUCAGUCACAUAACACUACUUCUCUGUAUGUUUUUAAAAACUGGUUAAUGAUAAAUAGGAUUAUAACUGAUGUUUUUUCUGCCCAUAGCAAGUUGCCAUGUCUGCUGCUGUUUGUUUAGAGAUUUAAGAUUAAAUAUGCUACCAGCCAAGUCUGAAAUCUAAUGAGGUUAUGGUACCCAAAAUAUUGAAAUAUGCCUUUUUGUAUUUACACUGUUUUAUUUGGGGCUGGUUUCUUUUUUUUUUUUCUUUUUUUUUAGUUUCUUGUUAAUUGUCUGAAUCAGGGGAAAAAGGUCAAUCUCAUAUUAUAGUUUCCCUUUUAAGCCUCUUGCCCUUAAACCAACUAAAUGUCAAUGCAUGGAAUACUUAGACCUAAAAUCACUAAAAACAGUUAGUGAAUUUCCACUGGCAGCUUAAUGUUUUACCCCGUCUAUCCUCCUCCUUUCAUUCUGUCAUUAAAUAUGCAACAAAUAAUAUUUGCAGAACACUGUAAUUCAACAGUCAUUAUUCUCCUCUUAUAUAUGUAUGUCCCUAAUUUGUGUCUAUAUCCCACUGUGAGAAAUUAAGUGUAAAUUAUUAAAGAACCUCCAUUUUAAAA